GUAGUGAAUGUCACACAGGGAGGCACCGAUGUACAAAAAUUUACGACCGAAACGGAAGUGCGGUCCAUGUGUAUUGCAGAUAGCUCCAGUACAGGCUAACUAGUGUGAGUUAGCGUGGUGAUUUUAGAAGAUUUACUUCAACUGGAUAUGCAAGCAUAGCUAAAUUAAUUCAGAUAUGUCGGCUUCAAUGAUAAGGAGGGGACUGGAGCUGUUAAGUGAUGAUAUAAAAGCCGUACCUGGGAACAAAAAACAGAAGGCCAGGAAGAAGCAGCCAGUGAACCAGGCUGGAGGACGAGGAGGGGGAGGAGUAAUGGAUCAGAUCAGCUCCAACAGGCAGGGCGUCACCAAGCAGGUUCGCAGGCUGCAGGGGCGGCUAGGGUCAGGCAAGAGCAAGGCUACCGUCAAAGACAAGCGCAUCAGGAGUGCAGUGGACGAGUUUAGGAAAAAACAGAAAUCAAGCCAGCUGAGUAAAAACCUGAGCUAUUUCAUGGGACUGGGAUACAAAGCAGAGCAGUCAGACACACAAAAGAUCCUGCUUCAGAAUAAAGGCCGGCAGUCGCGGAAUCGCCCCGACCCUCCCGUUAAGAAGCAGAAGGAGCAGAGGUCUCUGUUCACUGAGGAGGAGUUCCAGCAGUUCCAGAAGGAGUAUUUUGGUAGAACUGUGGAAGGUGGGAGUAAAUGACGGCCCACGGACCGUCAGGAAGCCGGCGUGAGAAGAGCUGGGAUUAAGCACCAUCUCUGGUUUUGGAUUAAAAUCACCCCCCAUCGGUUCCUUUUUCCAUUUUCAUUUUAAUUAAAAAUGAGUUAACGGGGGACUGCAAAUUAAAGAUUUGACUGUGGAGCUGAGUUUAAGUUGUACUAAGAUCCGUGCUUAAAGUGGGUUAUCUUGAAGCGAUUUUUAUGAUCGGAGAAGGAAAUGCAGAGUUUCAGUGCAGCAUGUGGGCUUUCACUCUGCCUGCAUUUCUAAAUUCUGCAGUUGAUCAGUGCCUGGGAGCCAUUUUGUGAUCUUGGAUGUUACUGUCGAAUGCUGUUGAGGACAAAGUCAAGAUAUUUCCGAAGAUCUAGUUCAGUGUUUUUUUUUGCCAAUGAGUGUAAAACAUCUACAAUAUAUUUUGGAGUAUUCAUUUAUGUUUUAGAGGUGUUGUGUAGUUUGCCAUUUUGAUUAAAUAAAACGGCUAAAUGCUAAGUCUCUUGGUGCAAAUUAUUUUUAAAUUUCAGGGCACAGUAAUAUGGGCACCACAAGGAUUUUUUAAAUCACUAACUUUGAAGUGAAAAUUCAAUUUCAGUUAAGUUCAUUCAAGACUAAAAUUGAAGGUAGUUAUGACCACAGGAGGGAAACGAUAUGUUGGUUUCUUGCUCUGGUUUUCUGUAUUUUCCUUGAAUUUUUAGUAGUAUAGUAUUCGCUAUGUUUUGACAUAUACUGUAUUAGACUUCAAUUUUCAUCUUCUGUUUUAUUUUUCUACUGAGGGACCCUCUGGAUGUUAUGAUAAAAUGCACAGAGAAAAAAACGUUUUUCUGUCUUUCUGAAUGUGAAUCUGAGUAUUCUGAUUUUUCAAUUCCUAUAGGAAAAUAUGCUUUGAUGUUGUGUGUUUCAUUAUAAAAUAUGACUGGUUGAUAUUGAAGAUA